CGUCACUGUGGCUGCGACGGUAAGGCCUGGCGUUCUUGGUUGGCGGCGGCUACCUGGAGCCGGAAGCGCGGGUGCAGCAGGGCGAAGCUCCAGGUGGGGUCGGUUCCGCAUCUCGCCUGGCGUGUCCACGAUGCGACUGGGCUCCGGGACUUUCGCUACCUGUUGCGUAGCGAUCGAGGUGCUAGGGAUCGCGGUCUUCCUUCGGGGAUUCUUCCCGGCUCCCGUUCGUUCCUCUGCCAGGGCGGAACACGGAGCACAGCCCCCAGCGCCCGAACCCUCGGCUGGAGCCAGUUCUAACUGGACCACGCUGCCAUCACCUCUCUUCAGUAAAGUUGUUAUUGUUCUGAUAGAUGCCUUGAGAGAUGAUUUUGUGUUUGGAUCAAAGGGUGUGAAAUUUAUGCCCUACACAACUUAUCUUGUGGAAAAAGGAGCCUCUCACAGUUUUGUGGCUGAAGCAAAGCCACCUACAGUUACUAUGCCACGAAUCAAGGUAAGUUGGCUUUAAUGUUUUAUGAAUCAUGGUUUGGCUCUUUUGAAGAUUUAGAGGGGGCCUCUGUAGUCUUUCGCUUGGAGUUGCAAUUUUAAGAAAGUGGAAAUUUUGUGCUAUCAGUUGGCUGGGGCAAUAGAAUGCUGAAGGAGCCGCACACAGGACGGAACUGAGACCCAUGAUUUGUGCCUCUUGUCAGGUAGCCAAAGCUCAUGCUUCGUGGGAAGUAUAAAAGAUUUACAGCAAGAUCACCCAGGCU